AUGCGGUACUUCUCGAGUUUCGUGGCUGGUCCGGCGGCGUCCCAAAGGGAGGACCAAAACCGAGUGAUGCUGAACCUCGGCCAUUUCAAGACAUCGAAGCUCGUCAUCGUUCGUUCAAUGUUCGAAGACCAUAUGCCGCCUUUCAUUAGCUCCGAUUUCGUCUUGACGAUGUCGUCCGUCAAACUCGUCCUUGUGGGACGACGACAGGAGCGCGACGGAAUCCGAUACAUUCGGCUGUGGCCGGCGCACGCCCCAAGUUCCAACUAUUCCAACGAUGGCAAUGCCGACCCAAGCAUGUCUUGGUGCGUGCCACCUCCCAACUUGGCCACAUGCACCGCGGCCACCGAGUUGUGGAGUGCAGCUCACAGAGAUGACGAAUAG